CAACGAAACGUCGCUCGUUGACUCCCUCCCAUCACCCUUUCGACCUCGAUUUCCCCGUUCGGCCGACUCAGCAGCGACUCCAGCGACAAUGGCGGCGAUGAUGACGCAGCAGCCGCAGCAGAGCGUGUUCCCCAACAGCCACGUCGGUUUCGACACCAUCACCGACCAGAUCGAGAGGAAGUUGGUCAAGCGCGGCUUUCAGUUCAACGUUAUCUGCGUUGGACAAACCGGCCUCGGCAAAUCCACCCUCAUCAACACCAUUUUCGCCUCGCAUCUUGUUGACAGCAAAGGACGUCUCGCGCCCCAAGAGCCAGUCCGCCAGACCACCGAGAUCCACCCUGUCACUCACAUCCUCGAGGAGAAUGGCGUGCGCCUGCGCCUGAACAUUGUCGAUACUCCUGGAUAUGGCGAUUUGGUCAACAACGAUCGCUGCUGGGAUCCCAUCGUCAAGUACAUCAAGGACCAGCACAGCGCAUACCUCCGCAAGGAGCUCACUGCUCAGCGAGAGCGAUACAUCCAGGACACCCGCAUCCACUGCUGCUUGUACUUCAUUGCGCCGACUGGCCACGCUUUGAAGCCAAUCGAUAUUGUCGUGCUCAAGAAGCUCAGCGAGACUGUCAACGUCGUCCCGGUCAUUGCAAAGGCCGACAGCCUUACUCUCGACGAGCGACAAGCUUUCAAGGACCGAAUCAAGGAGGAGUUUGCCUUCCACAACAUCCGCAUGUACCCAUACGACAAUGAGGAGUAUGACUCCCAGGAGGCUGAGUUGAAUGCGCAGAUCAAGUCCACCAUCCCAUUCGCUGUUGUCGGCAGCGAGCGCAACAUCAACGUCAACGGCAAGACUGUUCGCGGCCGCCAGACUCGCUGGGGAACCAUCAACGUCGAGGACGAGAACCACUGCGAAUUUGUCUACCUCCGCAACUUCUUGACCAGGACUCAUCUCCAAGACCUGAUCGAAACUACCUCGCAAAUCCACUACGAGUCUUUCCGUGCCAAGCAGCUCCUCGCCCUCAAGGAGAGCUCCGCCCAAGUCCAUGGUGGUAGCAGACCGAUCUCACCAUCCGCCGACCGCGAGCUCAGCAGACAAAGCCAGAGGAUGACUAUGAACGGGUACAACUAGAAUGCUCCCCAACACAGAAGAUACCCAGCCAUAUGGAGCAUUUCUAUUACCUACUGUCACCUCUGAUCUUGUUUAUUGUGCUUGCUGACUGCUGCUGAAGACCGCUGCCUCCACCUCCAAAUGCUGUCAUGAAAGUUGGUCCACCGCCAGGAGGAAGAACGACAGCUCCGAACACAACCGGUCCUGAUAUUCCUCGGGCUGGGCCUGGGACAGGCGGCACACCAUCCCACACUCGUGGUUUCGCCAGUCAAGAUGGUCUGUCGGAGGCAGUGAAGUUCGUGGAGUACUGAAAGAUUCGUUCCAUUCUUGUGCAUCUUUAGUGCGACACUUUCAGGGAGUGCGGUAGACGGGACCAGCAAAUGGUGAAGAGAUUGGAAGGGUUUGCGGCGACUCUGCUUUACUGAUACCAACACCAGCGAGCAUGUCUCUUUUGUUGUCGAUUUUCUUUUGGGAGAAGCGUGGAGUAUGAUGGGCGUGUAAUAGCAUAGUGCUAGUGAGAAAGUAAUUGUUCUUCCUC